CGUCUUUCGACUUAAAAAAACAUAUGGCCUCUGUCAAUUGUACUGCCAUCUAUUUACCCAUUGCUUAUAAGCCUUCAGCCAAUCUGAUAGCGAAACGGAAUUUAUUUACGAAAAUGGCGGAUCAAGUGUUACGAGAAUUGGAGGUUGCUGCACAAAUUAUUUUAGCACCACCAAAUCUUGUGACUGCUGAACAAAGGCAAUCUGCAGAGGGUGUUUUUUUGAAUUUUCGAAAAACAAAAUCACCUUAUCAACUAUGUCGGGAAAUAUUAGAAACCAGCAGCAUGGAUUAUGUUCUUUUCGAGUCAGCUGGCCUGAUAAAAACAGCUUUAGUAAGAGAAUGGUCCAUGUUGCCACAAGGAGAUAUUGCAUCCUUAAGGCAAUAUCUUCUGCAUUAUAUCAUAAGCAAACCUACAUUGGCACCUUUCGUCAGAGAAAGAAUAUUGCAAGUCAUUGCAAUUAUGGUUAAAAGAGGAAGUGUUGAAGAUCUGGGUGAAGAAAGAAGACAAAUAUUGAAUGAAGUCGAAAGAUUAAUAAUGAGUGGUGAUUUACCAAGGCAACUUUUAGGAUGCAGCAUAAUAUCAGCAUUAAUGCAAGAGUACGCAACAACCGUGAAAUCUUCAGACGUCGGUCUAACAUGGGAGGUACAUUUUAAGGCCAAAAAACAGUUUGAGCUUUCAGAUUUGAAAAGAAUAUUUAAAUUCUGCGUUGGUGCUCUUGGAGAACUGACUAAAGGAGAUAUUCAAGAAGCGACGUUGCCUCUCAUCAAACACUUGCUGUCUAUUACUGAAGGUGUUCUUGUUUGGGGCUUCAUAUAUGCAAACUUACCCAAAAGGUUAAUCGGCGUCUUUGAAGCAGUUUACGAAUCAGACAGUAGUCCUGCUCUUCGCCUCAGUCCAAUGUGGCGUGACGUUAUUCUUGAUCCUGCAGUUCUGGAAUUAUUUUUCACUCUUUACUGGAAAGUACGUACUAAUCCACAAUUGGCUCAUCACGCGCGAAACUGUCUAGUACAACUCGGCAGUCUGAAUGGAGGAGUGGUGAUGUCCAGAGGAGUCAAGCUGCAAUACUUGACUGCCUAUAUGCAAAAUUUCUUGAAACUCGUAUCCAAUAUUGAGAUUAUUGAUCAAGAAGCUAUUGGUAUUGCUAACAUGAUUAGAAAACUCACUACUUUCUUUGGCGUAACAUUCACUUCAUUACCGGAGGAUCUGCUGAGAUCAUUUAUGGAACAAAUGACCAGAUUGACAUGUCUAUUUACUGAAGGUGCUGCUCAAGAAGAAUGCAUGAGUGUUGAUGAUUGCUUAUAUAUGGAAGCGUUCGAACGAAUGUUAGAAACAUGGAUUUCUAUUUUAUCUGAGGCACACUUGUUUCCUUCUGAAUUUUGUAAACAAAGUUCGGCUCAAAUGUUUAAUACUUAUCUUAAGUGUCAUUUAUCAGCUCCUGAUGGCACUAGAGGUGAUUCGACACCAGAUGUACAGAUACAGGUGACAAUGGACGCUCUCGACAUUGCUGAAGAAAAUGAUAGAAUCAGAUUUAAAGAGCAACUACAAAUUAUUGGUAAUUUCGGCCGACAAAUUCCAAGUCAUUCUUUACCCUUACUAGCACGUUUACUCGAGGACCGAACAAACCAAUUACGCGAUCAAUUUAACAGAUUGGUAGGACAGCCAGUAGAAAUACAAAUGUUGACUUAUAGGGAGAUGUCAAAAUUGUUCGAGGAUCUGCAUUGGCUCGUACUCUUAGCUGGUCAUGUCCUUUGUAUGGAAUCUGAAGGGGAAGUGGCUCAGAUACCAUCAGAUUUAAUGCGAUACAGUAUGGAUCAGGUGCAACAGGGGCAUGUUGAUGUAAAUAUCACAUUGCAACUUCUGGCAUCGCCACAAAAUAAUCUUUCGGAUAUAAACGGUGCCGAACAAUCAGCAGAUCACAUAAUUCGUUUAGUCGCAGCUGUUUUUCGUCUUUGUGAAGUCGAAAAGAUAGCGAUGUCAGCUGAUAUGGAAAGUUUAUUAAGUCCAGAAUUGAGUAUUACAAUUGUAUGGUUUCUACAUAGAUGGUCGCUAAGUUAUCUUUUACCAAUCGAAACUUAUUACUCGGAGAUCAGUACGAUUCUGUUACAAGCCUUUGGAGAAGAUAGUCCAGGUGCAUUAUGGACUGUAAAUUUCCUUCUGGAGAAAGUAGAAUGCAAUAUUAGUUCUUGUAAAGAUGAGCCGGCGCUAGUGAAAGAGACUGUGCAACUAUUGGUGGCCCUGAUUGAAUCACAACCGAAAGCUGCUUGCGUGCUAAAGUCUGAACGGCUUGGUCGCUUAGUUGAAAUGGCCACAAAGGAAAGAUCUGAUUUACCACAGGCGGCCAAGAGAGGCCUUAUGCGUACAAUAGUUCAAGUUGGAGCUGCUGUACAAGAUCCGAAUAAUGAACGGCAAUAUUGGUCGCAGACAUUGCAACCUUUAGAAAAUCGAUUUAAACAAAUAGUUUCUAACGAGACCUUUAGCAGGUCGUAUCAUGAGCCUAGUAUCAGAAUUGACAUUAGAGAUAUUCUGGAUUCCUUCGUUGGAGUUGCUCUAGGUGUGCAAGGUCCGACUGUGGAGUCCGUGUUUCAGCGCACUAUUCCUUUAUUAAAUGAACUACCAAAUUUACUUUCGUUAUAUCAUAACUAUCAGGAUUUGGUACAAUUGAUUUUGGAAUUACUUUGUGAGAGUACCAGAGGAAUGCUGUGCUUCUUAUCAGAGGCUGAAAGCAUUCGUAUUUACGAGGCAUGUUUACGUACAGUACAAACUUAUGCUCGUUGCAAUACGAAUCGUUUGACUCUCGACGUAACAGCCGAAGAAGAUACUUUCCAAGAUAUUCUCUUACUUAUGCAACUUUUGACUAAUCUAUUAAGCAAAGAUAUAUUUGAUUUGAGUCAUUGGGAGACUAGAUCUGGACAAGAUCAACCAGUCACUCCUGCUGACGUAUUUUUAUAUGGCUUAAAUAUUGUCAUGCCAAUGAUGACUAUAGACUUAUUGAAAUUCCCAUCGCUAUGUUUACAAUAUUUCAAAAUGAUCACGUUCGUUUGUGAGAUUUAUCCGGAAAAAGUCUGUAGUUUACCUGAGGAAUUACUGAAACAAUUAUUAGCCUCUGUAGAAUUAGGGCUUUUUUCAUUUGGACACGACAUCACGUUACUUUGUUGCGAUAUCAUACAAGUAAUGGCCAAGCAUAUAUAUUCUGCUGCUGAGAAAGGCCAUCCUAGAAAUCAGCUAAUGGCACCCUUUAUGAACUUACUAAUGAAUCUGAUUUUAUCUCGCCAAAUCAAUUCUGAUCACAUAUCGAAUACGAGUAUACCGUUAUAUUAUCUCAUAUGUUGUUAUCAAGAACAAUACCAACAACUCGUACAAAAUUUAUUAGCCUCUCAAACAGAUCCGCAAGUAGCGGAAAGGCUAGCAGCAGCAUUCACAGAAUUAACUGCAAAUAUAGAAUUAAAUACCGAACGUGUUCAAAGGCUGCGAUUUAGGGAUAAUUUUGAUAAGUUCAUUGUCAACGUGCAUGGAUUCUUAAUGGUCAAGUAAAUUAAGGUACUUAAGGGAUUUUAGUGAAUUAUAAUAUAUUUUAUACUACUUUGACAACGUACGUAUUUAUGAAUUAACCACGUAGUUUUUGUUUCUCGGGUCAGUAGUAAGAGACAUUAUUCAAUCAGUAAAUUUGAGAGAGGACGCUCGUUUGUCGUAUAAAAAGUAAAUUUGCAGUCUGACAUAUUAAAAAGUAAAGAGGACAUCCAAGUGCAAAGGAAGAUAUUUUAAUUAAUUUUUAAAAAUUAUAAUUCUUUUGCCUGCAACUCUAUUUAGUCAUACAGUGAGCAGUAUUUCAUUUACUUAAAUUUCACACGUAAGUGUUGUUACACACAAAAUGCACUUACAACAUAUUUCUUAAAGUUCCAGAUGUAUUUAUCUUUAAUCCGGUUCAAGUCGUCGGGUAUGCUUCAAAUUAAUAACUAGCGCAUCUUUCUGUAAGCUUUUUGUACGAUUAGUCGGUGCACAAUAUUAUUUUAAAAAAGUUCUGUAGAGUUGUACAACGCUUGCGGUAUAACAAUUUCUAUUAAAAAAACUAUGGCCAAUCAUACAAAUCAAGACUAGGGGGUUUAAUUUGUAUCCGCAUACAAAUUUGCUAUCCCGUUAAUUUGAAAUGAUCAUUUACAUUACAUUACAGAGUCUGUCAAAAUUUGCACGUGUCGCAACGAUAACAUUAGAUUAAUUUUAUUUAACAAUAGCUGCUCGUAGUGCGCGUAGAUACAGCUAGUCCAGAUCUGUGAUCCAUGAAUGGCAGCAGUUAAAGUAGUGUGGAUUGGAUUAAAGUAGAUUGGUAUUGCCAAUUAUAGAUAAGAAAAGAAAUGAAGAUAUUGUGAGAUAACA